GGUUUGGCGUUUGCCAAUUGCCGGGUGCUUGUCGCUGGUUUCGCCGCUGCUCCAGAGGACUAUAAAAGCGGUGGUUCAUCGCUAGCAAAGCAUACUCGUUCAAUCGCAACCGGUAGACUACCACACCACACACUUCAACAUGUUCAAGCUGUUCGUCCUCGCCGCCCUCGUGGCCGUCACCGUCGCUGCCCCAGCUCCAGGACUUCUGACAUCUCCAGUCGUGUCGACCUAUUCCGUUCCCGCGGUCGUUGGCUCCGUUCCUGUGAGUGGCGCCUAUUCCGCAGUGCCCGCCUAUGGCCGCUACGCAUCUCCUCUGAGCUACUCGGCUGUCUCCCCGUAUGCCUACAAUCCCGCCGUCAUCAGCCCCUACGCUAGCGCUUACGCUAACCCUUACGCGUACUACCAGUAAGAGGACACGGGACGGAGUGUGAAAAAUUGUUGACGAAACAAGCACGGCUAAACUGCGAGUAACGCUUUACGAAAAUUUGGAAAUAUGUAACGCAUUUAAGUAACAACGGCAAAUAAAAUGUAAAAAAAAGAUAUCACUUA